UCGGCCGCGACGGAAGUUUUGCACGUGUUUUCAGCGGUGUAGACGUGUUGCGCGGCACCGGUCUCACGCUCGUCUGUUCGCGAUGGAUAAGAAGUACACGAGACACGAGAAACACUUCCUCUACAACACCUUGUCGAUCCUCUUGAAGGCCGUGGAGAAGCACCGAACGACGGUGGAUCUGCGGAACGAGGCGACGAUCGUCGGCGUCGUCGAUCACGCCGACCCCUACAUGAACGUCGUCAUGAGAGACUGCGUGUUCACGGAUCCGCGCGGGGACUCCUUCAAGUACGACAUGUUCUUCGUCCAGGCAAGGAACAUCCGCGACGUCCACAUCCCGUUGAAUAUACGGAUUAUACCAGCUAUCAAACAACAGUUAAAGCGACUAAGCCGGCCUUCAAGGAAUACGGCCGACAUGAAACGCACUUUCAAAACGAAACGCGCUCAGCAGAGACAACAGGAGGGCCGUGCGGCUGUAGAACAAAUUUUACAGGAUAGGAAUACAACGAAAGCCGAGACUAGAGAAGAUAAAUGCGACUCGUAAAAAGUUAAUUUAUAUUUUCUUAAUUAUUUACCUUACGAAUAAUAAUUAAAGUAUUUGCUCACGUGUGAUUGAUUUUAUUGUAUAGCCUAAGAUUUUUAUUUUUCUUAAAUGAUGUUUACGCUUUAAAACAUCACUUUUGAUUGCUCAGCAUUGUAAUUUUUUAUAUAAUCGAUAGUUCGAUAUUUUUAUAUGAAAUUAUUAUGAAAUAUAGGUAUAUUAUAAAAAUACUCAAAUUGUAUCAUUUUUAAAAACGGAUUGGAUAAUAUAAAAUAUCGUCACACGAUUAAAUGCAUGGGUAAUGUAUACAACAUAGUAAUAAAUAUCCCUUUAUUCAGUAUAACUGUAUAACAUAAGAGGAAGGCCAUUUUUAGCGAGAAACGCUUUAAUAAAAAUAUAACAUAUUUGAUAUAAGAUA